ACAACACUAAUCUCGUCGUGACCCUAAUGGCUCGUAAGUAACACGAAUUCUCUGCGGGAGCGCGCGCUUCAUUAAAAACGUUAGAGCUGUAAAAAACGCGUUCAUUAAAGGGAGCGCGCGGCCGCCAGGGGGCGAUGAACAGAGUUGGUGUCGUUUGUGAGGACGAAGCUGAAGCUGCAGAGCAAAACAAAGAUGGAAGAAGAAGUGACGGAGUGAUGGAUCUGCUGAGAGCCGCGCUGACGCUGCUGUCUGCCGCCUUCAUCAUCCUUACCUUCCCCCUCACUGCCUGGAUGUGUGCCAAGGUGGUUCUGGAGUAUGAGAGAGCGGUCAUCUUCAGACUGGGAUGCAUUGUUAAAGGACGACCCAAAGGACCGGGUCUGUUCUGGUUCAUUCCCUGGUUGGACAACAUUCAGAUCGUUGACCUGCGAACAGUGUCCUUUAAUGUCCAACAACAGGAGGUGCUGACAGCGGAUGGCGUCUCCUUACAGGUGGACGCCGUCAUGUUUUACCGGGUGGUGGAUCCGUCUCUGUGGGUGACGCGUGUGCAGGACGGUGACGAGGCCACGCACACGCUCGCCCAGACCACGCUGAGGGCGGCGCUCGGAGUGCACACGCUGACGGAUGUGCUGGCACAGCGGAGACAUAUCUCAGAGAGGAUGAGGGUGGGCGGAUUCAUCAGUGAGACAGACAGACAGGGAGACAUUUUAAAUGGAGGCCAUAAACAUGUAGUACAUGUGUUUGUCCUGCAGGAGGCGCUGUACACCACCACCAGAGUGUGGGGCGUUCAGGUGCAGAGGGUGGAGCUGAAGGACAUGAGGCUGCCUGUGAGUCUGCAACGCUGUCUGUCUGCUGAGGCUGAGGCUGUGAGAACGUCCAGAGCCAAGUUGAUCGCAGCUGAAGGGGAAGUGAAGGCGUCUCGCGCUUUAUCGGACGCGGCAUCAGGGUUGUGCCCCGUGGCUUUCCACCUCAGAUACCUGCAGUCUCUGUCCUCGGUGUCCAGCAGCUCGUCCAUCAUUGUCUUCACUCUGCCCACUGAGCUCCUGCAGGCCUUCUUCUCUCAUCAGUCCUAAAAACACACACACACACACACUGAGCUGAAAAACCAAAGAAACACUUAAAGUUACAUUAACACGAGCUGCUUACGCGUGUCUGCUUUUAAGCCGUCUUAAAGCAGACGGCUUUAAGUCUUUUAAUUAUCUGUAUUCUGUCAAAAUAACUACAUUUGUGAAUGUAUGUAAAUAUACUUCAUAUUUUACUCUCUAUCAGUUGUUUGAAAUAAAUUUUAUUUUUGA